GUUGCUGCGCAGCAACAGAUAGGAGAGAGAUGCUGAGGAGAGCGAGAGAGGAAUUCCCUCCUCACACCAAAUCUGUUUCCACGGUGCCGGUUUUCAUGGGUCGCUGAAUUCUGAAUGUGCACCCUGGAUGUGCACCAGCAGAAGCAGAGGGGCGUUUAUAUCACCGCCUUCGCUCCUCGGGUUCUUCUCUCCGCGUGUUUCGCGCUCACCUGUUAAACUCUGAAGGAUGCGCGCGCCCUGUUGCUGGUGACCUGAUCGCACUUUAAACAUUCGAUUCGUGUCCUCCCUUUGUCUCCUCCAGACAUGACGGGUCACGUCCUGGGGGAGCCGCGCGGCGGGGCGAACGACGCCGCUAUCCGCAUCAACGUCGGCGGCUUCAAGAAGCGUCUCCAGUCGGACACACUCUCACGGUUCCCCGAGACGCGGCUGGCGCGUCUCCUCCACUGCCAGUCCAAGGAGUCCAUACUGGAGCUUUGCGACGACUAUGACGACGCGGAGAAAGAGUUCUACUUCGACAGGAACCCGACUCUUUUCCCCUACGUGCUGAAUUUCUACAACACUGGUCGUCUGCACGUCAUGGCCGAGUUGUGCAUCUUCUCCUUCAGCCAGGAGAUCGAGUACUGGGGCAUCAAUGAGUUCUUUAUCGACUCCUGCUGCAGCAGCGCCUAUCACUGUCGGAAGAUGGACCAGGACCGGGAGGACUGGGAGGACCGGAGCGACGAGGGCAGCACCACGUCUUCUUUUGACGAGCUGCUGGAGUUUUACAAUGACGCCGGCAAGUUUGACAAGCAGGUGCUCGGGAGCGCACGCAGGCGCGUGUGGCUGAUGCUGGACAACCCCGGGUACUCCGUGGCCAGCCGCAUCAUCAGCAUCCUCUCCAUUCUGGUGGUGCUGGGCUCCAUCGCCACCAUGUGCAUGAACAGCAUGAUCGAGUUCAGCUUGCUGGACAGCGAGGGGCAGCCCACUGAGGACCCCCGCUUUGAGACGGUGGAACACUUCGGUAUAGGCUGGUUCACUCUGGAACUGGUGGCCCGGUUUGUUGUAGCACCAGAUCUCCUGCACUUCUUUGAGCACCCUUUAAAUGUGAUUGAUCUAGUUUCCAUCCUUCCCUUCUACCUGACACUGCUCAUUAAUCUGGUGGUGGAAAGUAGCCCGGCGUUGGCCAACUUGGGACGCGUUGCUCAAGUGCUGAGGCUCAUGAGGAUUUUUCGCAUCCUCAAGUUAGCCCGCCACUCCACAGGACUGCGCUCCCUGGGGGCCACGCUCAGGAACAGCUACAAAGAAGUGGGUCUCCUGCUGCUCUACCUGGCAGUUGGGGUGUCUUUUUUCUCUGUCAUGGCUUACACGGUGGAAAAGGAGGACAGUGAAGAUCUGUCCACCAUCCCGGCGUGCUGGUGGUGGGCCACGGUCAGCAUGACCACGGUUGGCUACGGAGACGUGGUCCCUGUGUCCAUCGCCGGUAAGCUGACUGCCUCAGCCUGCAUCCUGGCAGGGAUUCUAGUCGUCGUGCUUCCGAUUACACUCAUCUUCAAUAAAUUCUCCCUCUUCUACAAGAGACAAAAGCAGCUGGAGAUCGCAAUGAGAAGCUGUGACUUUGAUGGGGGAAUAAAGGAGGUCCCUUCUGUCAACUUAAGAAACUAUUACGCGCACAAAGUCAAGUCCCUCAUGGCCAGUUUGUCAAACAUGAGCCGGAGUUCACCAAGUGAGCACAGCCUAAAUGAAUCGAUACACUGAAGCAUGUUGGUGAGUCACUGGGUUUGAGCCACAUUUAGGAGUCAAUGGAAACAUUUCUAAGCACUUUUUUUGAGCACCACCAAAAACAAAUUGACCUGCACAAUCCUUUUUGUUGCACAUGGAUUUCUGCUAUUGCCAGUGAGUAUUGCUUAAUCCAACGUUUCACCGUCUUUUAACCAAACUGAAAACCAGCUAAGCUAUCUUCAGUUUAUCUUCCAGUUUAUUUCUCAGCUGAUACUGGCAUAUUAGAUAACUUUAAGGCUGCCACGACUAGUUGAUGUAGUCAACUGUCAUUGACUAUUGAGGGGCUCAGCAGUUGACUAGUCUUGUUCUCUUAGCACAAACAGUGAGAGGAGAAGUGACGGUGGCUGUGUGACCAAAACGCAACCAAAACAAAAUAUGGGUCCCUUUCACAAAGGUUACAUCAAAGGACACAUACAUUUCACACAACAUUGUAAGCUAUUAAAAUUGAAAUGUAAGCUUUUGAAAUAACAUUUAGUCCCAUAAAAGUGUUGACAGUAAUUCACAUACAUUUUUAUUGAAUUCUAUGUUUCUAAAAUUCUGUUCACAACACCACAGUUAGACAUGUUGCUGUGUUCGUCACCCUGUACAGGUUGUAUGCCAGCUGGCUGACUAAUCAUUAAAGUCGUCCAGGAGAUUAGUCCACUACCAAAAUAAUGGUUAGUUGCUGCCCCAGAUAAAGGCAACACUCCUGUUUAAUCCAAGAGCCCAGUGCUAACCUGGGUCACUGCAUCAACCUGACCAUCCUCAGUUAAUGCUAUCUAGUUGUGUAAUUACAUGGAUCUGCGCGCAACUAUUGAAUUACAAUUUAAGGAGAGAUAUUUUAACUUGACAUUUUGUAAUAUUUUAUUUUGUUCAAAUUCAUCCCAAUGAGGGUUGAUUUGACCCUCAUUGGCAUUUCUGUUUAUUUCCCAACCCUUUUGAUGCUACACAUGACCCCAUUUGAUAAAUACUGUAAGUCACUUAACUUAGUUAUCACACAAAAGCCAUUCCUAUUUUCAACUUCCAUUGAAAAAAAAAAAGCUAAGGAGCUGUGACUAUGACAGUGAUUAUGUAGUCACUUUCUCAAUCGAUCCAGGAUUUGCCAUGAACCUGGGCACACGUCCCAGUAACUCCCCACGGAGGAGCCGAGGUUGAUGUGUGGCGUUUCUGGGGAAGCGUGCUCUAUUAGCAGAUCAAAUCAGCGGAGAUGGAUCUGGUCAGUGGUGGUGAGUAAAUAUGCAAAAGCACCUGUGAGACACCUGAACUACAUGUGAGUCAUGAGCGAGUAGCGCGGAGCUGACUGGAUCAGUGAUGAUCCAACCUGAGAGUCCAAAUUGAAUGACUUUAAGUGCACUUCUUGUAAAUAACAGUGUUAUUUAGUUCAUCAUUCUCUAGCUUAUUUACUGAAUAGGAAGGCAGGGAAAUGGAGCCUAUGAUCAAUCGUUUCUCAUUGUUCCUCUGUACUUUUUUGGCUGCUUAUGUAGCAACUAUGACAAGUUGAGCGUGAAUGAAUGAUUUGAAAAAUUAAUAUUGGUCAUUAAUUCCAAUCAGUUCCUCUUUCUGCCCUUCUGUUGCUCUUUCUUUGUAUUUUUGACCGAGGAAAUGCUCUUGAAUGUAACUCAGCGCUGACCCUCCAUGAGGCUGCAUGAGGAGCUGUCCAGGAGCUGAAACAAGCCGUUUCACAGCUCUCCUCUGCCCCGGUGUAUUGUGGCCGUCUCUGUAGCUCGGUGCAAUAAUGUUCUAGUGUCUGUCACAAUAAAAAGUCACUCAGAGAGCUGGAGAGAUUGAAAAUCCAUUUUUAGUGUGUGUUGUCCCUUAUAAUCCUUAACGACAACAAAAAAAGACAAGAUUAAAACUGCGUUUGUUUAAAGCCCUUGGUGGUGUCUCUGUCUUGUGACAAGUCUGAAGUAACUCCAUCUGUAUCUCUUUCGACAGAGUGUUGAUGUGCUGUAAUGUGUAAAACUAAGGCCACAGAUGUGUU